AUGUCAACAACAGCGCCGGAUUGCAUGACGACGCUUGUGCCACAAGGGAGAGAGAUUUUUCUCAAUUCAACUGUAGUGGCAAUGACUGUAACACCAGACACCGUGUGGCUUGCCAUGGCAGACGGUGGGGUGGAAGUCCGUGAUGGUCUUACCGCCGGACUCUUACAUCGCUUUGCAAGUGCGCCAAGGCCAACCUCUGUGACACGCAUUUGGUCGCUGAUUGCUGUGACAACACAAAGCAAGGGACCGCAGGUUUGGAUGGGCCUCUCGAGCGGCAGUGUUGAGGUGUAUGACGCCCGGUCCUUUGCUCUAGUGCGGCAGAUGAAUAAGCACGCUGGCGGUGUGUACUGCCUUUCGGAGUUCGGUGGCUACGUGUACUCUGGAGGUAGCGACUUUAAAAUUGCGCAAUGGGUUGCAGAAGACGGGAGACUUAUUCGGGUGCUGCACGGGCAUACCAACUACGUUCGUUGCCUGUACGCGGAGGGCAACGCAGUUGUGAGCGGCUCCGACGACUGCACCGUGCGGGUGUGGGAUGCGGGGAGUGGUGAGGCGCAGUUGACCGGUCACUUCCACGGUCGCGCGGGCGUCUCUGCGCUGUGCCGUGUUGGCGUGACGAUGUGGUCGGGUGACAAUGACGGGCGAGUUAUUGCCUGGAAGCUGAACACGUGUGAGGCAUUGCGCGUGCUGCACGCGCACGGUGGUCGCGUUGCCUCCCUGCGAAAGAUCGGCUCCCGUAUAUACUCCGGUGGGGCCGAUGGCAUCAUUGCCGUGUUGACGCGGAGGAC